AUGCACUUCGUCCGGACGACAUCCAGUGGAUGCGGCGCGCCGGGCGUGUCCGCAAGCCUACAUAGAUCUCUCCUGGCCCACUUCCCGCUGGCGGGAGGCCGCGCGGCUGCGGCACUGCGCGCCCGUCAGCCACAGGACCAGUCUACCUCAUCGUGGGCGGCGCGUCGCAGCUCAAUCAUGACUGGCCGCCCGCAGGCGAGCCGCGGCGACUCGCCCCCAGCCGCCAGAGGCAACAGCGGCUCCUCCGCGGACGGAUCUCCGCGCCGCUCAGGCGCCCCGGCGCGCACGAAGAAGGAUCACAAGUGUGCGGUGUGCCUCGUGCCGCCAAGCAGCCUGUGGGACCCCAUCCAGCGCGUCAGGGUCCGUCACGACAAGGGCUACGGGCGCUGGAUGCCGCACAUCAACCUCAUAUACCCGUGCGUGGAAGCCUCAGAUGAGAGCCUGGACCGCGUAGCCAGCGCCCUGGCGUCAGCCUCGGCGUCCUCGGCGCCCUUCGCGGUUCCAGUGGGAAGUGACUCGCUCGGCCUGUUCCGCCACAGCGCCCGCAGCAGCACGGUGUGGGUCGGGCCGCAGGAGGGCGCGGCGCUCGAGCAGCUGCGCGAGCUGCAGCGCGCGCUCGCGUCCGCGCUGACUCAGGCCUUUCCCGACGUGGCAGGGGGGGGGUUCUGGGACCUCUCGAACGACCCCUCCCGCGACAUCUCCGCGUUCGCGCCGCACCUGUCCCUCGGGCAGUUCGGCGGCGGCGACGGGCCGCAGAAGGGCCUGGAGUUGUGCGCGUCAGUCUUGCCCCCCCGACUGUCGUUCCUCGCGCAGGAGCUGGUCGUCAUCACGCGCGCAGGCUUCGACGCGCCGUUCGAGGUGCGCCGGCGCGUCCGCAUCGGCUCCGGCGCGGCCUCCGCGCCCGCGUCGCAGCCGUACGUGUGCCGGGCGGUCCCGCAGGACGCCGUGGCGGCGCAUUUUGCCGCAGCGCGCCACGGGACGCGGACGGCGGCGAUGGACGGCGGGGAGGUGCCCGGGAACGCCGGCGCGGACGUCGCGGGCGGCGCGUGGGACGGAGAAGGCGUGUGGUACUUUGCGUACGGGGCGAACAUGGCGCCGAGCAAAGCGGAGGGUGCGCGCGGCCUGCGCACAGAGAUGUCGUCGCCCGCGGUGCUCCGGGACUGGCGGCUGCUGUUCGCGCACCGCGGGGGGUUCGCGACGCCGCUGCCGCGCGCGGCUGUCGACGAGGUGUGCGCGGCGUCGGGCCGCGGGCUGAUCGACGGGACGCCGCAGGACGUGCACGGCGUGCUGCACCGCCUGACUCCGUCCGACAUGCAGCGCCUCGCCGGCAUGGAGCACGAGUACUGGCCUGUGGAGGUACAAGUCGAGCCGUACCAAAACUCCCCCGCCGCGGCGGCCGCCGGCGCCCGCGUGCGCGCCGUCGCGUUCGUCACGCCCCCGGAGCGCUGCGUGGCGCCCGACGCGCCGCCCACGGCCCGGUACCUCGGCCUGCUGCGCGAGGGCGCGGCACACUGGGGGCUGGACGCGGCGUACGCGAGGUGGCUCGAAGGGGCGGUGCCGAGCGUGGACGGCAAGGAGCGGGGCGCGGCGCACUAUGCGUCGGCGUUCACCGGGGAGGACAUGGCCGCGUGGCCCAAGAUUAGAACAGGCGCGGACGGCCGGCGAAAGAAGGGGCGCGGCGGGCGCGGCGGGGGCGGCAGGGGGCGCGGACGGACGCCGCAGUGA